AUGAUAGAUGUAGGGUGGAUCUGUGUGGGGGCGGUGCGCGCGGUCUACUGGCUCGUUAUGCUCGUCUGCAAUUUCCUCGGAUACUCGCCGCUCUGGGCUCAGAUCGCCAUGAAAAAGAGGAAAAUGGACAACGUCCGCAUCAGAAUACCCACUCAUUUGGCAGUCUGUUUCACCGAAAAACGGCUGAUUGAGCUGGUCAGAGAACGGAAGAAAACGGGAAGGAAUUUGUGGAUUUCAGAGUGAAAUACUGCAGUUGAUUGAUAGCUGUGUGUCUACCGGAAUCCGGCAGCUGUCACUUUAUGAUCCGUUCGGAGGACUGGUCGAACAGAUCGGAGAACUCGAACAGGCCUGCCGCAUCUUCACGGUCAGUCAUAAUCAGCCCAUCCCGCUUAUUUCUUUUCAUUUUCAGCACGCGGACCUUUAUUGCGACGGUCGUCUCGUGAAUUCCAGUGAUCUGUCGAACAUCCAAGUGCACGUUCUAUCAAGAAAAAUGGGAAAGGCCGCACUCGUGGAAGCAUGCAAGACGGUCAGUUGCAGACAAAUGGAUCAUGAUGAGAAUGAAGUUGUUUCAGUUGUGUCGGGAAGACGAACAGAUCACAGUGGAGCGAGUUUCAAAAGCACUGGAAGAGAAGUUUAAACUGAGCGAUCCGGACUUCCUGCUGCAGAUUGGAAACGUGCCCACACUCUGCGGAUAUCCCCCGUGGAACCUGCGAAUCACGGAAUUCCUGCAGUCGCAUCGGCUUCCAUGCUCGAGGAGAGAGCUCGAUUACUGCGUGGAAGCAUUCAGCCAACGGGAUAUUCGAGUCGGAAAAUGA